AGGCAACCGAAUCCGAAAUACCAGGCGUGCCAACUUUAGAUAUCGAGUUGGUUCAAAAAUACUGCCUUUUAAAAGUUGAUGAAAAUGGUGAAUUCGUUGAAAAACCUCCAUUCGAAGAAUAUAUUGAUAGAGAAGUUGUUCAAAUUUUUUACACCUUCUCCGGAGAUCCUUGCUCUAUAUUUGUGAAUCUGAGCAGCACUGUCCUUGAGUUGAGGCGAAAAAUUCAAAGAAAGCUUGACAUUGAAGAAUCGGUGUUAAGUCUUAGUUUUAUGUGCAGACCAUUGGAAGAUCACAGAACUCUUAGAUCAUACGAUAUCGAACAACAUAGCACCAUACACGUAACGCAUCGAUUAUUAGGUGGUUUUGUAGGUUAUUAUGUUAUCACUAAGGGUAUUUUAAACCCAAAAUAUGAUUAUGACUAUAUAAAUGGAUAUGAUCACGGAUGGCAUAGACGUGGAAAAGAACGAUAUCAUCUACCCAUCGGAUGGGAAAAAAUCGCUUUCAACGUUGAAAAAUAUGGGGACAAUGCCGCUAAUGAUAUUUCUGGUGAUGGGUAUGAUAAAAGCAAAGGAAAAAGAUUUAAAUUUGGGAAAGGAAUUUAUUCAUCUCCUUAUUAUACUUAUGCUGAACGAUUUGCCAAGGAAUUUCAAUACGAAAAUCAAACUUAUAAGGUUAUGUUACAAAAUCGAGUUAACCCUGCUGACCUGCAAAAAAAAAAUGAAGAUCAAGAAUGGAUUACGGAAAAUGAAGACAACAUUAGGCC